CGAGGAGGAGGAGGAGGAGGCGGCGGCGGCGGCGGCGCGAGUGGCGGAGCAGGCGGCGGCGAAGGGGACGCUGGGGCGGCGGAGCGGUACAACAAUGAGAUGAGUCAUCAUGCCAACAUUGGUAUUGCACUGGCACUAAAUGGUGGGCAAAAUUGUUUUCCUGAGAGCAUCAGAAGAGCGUUUGUUGGUUGCAAAGAAUGGCUCAACAGCAAGCACUGAGAUUUCGUGGACCAGCUCCUCCACCAAAUACUGUCAUGAGAGGCCCACCACCUCUUAUGCGCCCACCUCCACCUUUUGGUAUGAUGCGAGGCCCUCCACCACCACCCCGACCUCCUUUUGGACGUCCUCCAUUUGAUCCAAAUAUGCCUCCAAUGCCACCCCCAGGAGGAAUUCCUCCACCUAUGGGACCUCCACAUCUACAGAGACCACCUUUCAUGCCUCCUCCAAUGGGAAAUAUGCCACCACCUCCUGGUAUGAUGUUUCCUCCAGGGAUGCCACCUGUCUCUGCCCCUGGAACACCAACAAUGCCACCUACUGAAGAGAUCUGGGUAGAAAACAAAACUCCAGAUGGAAAGGUUUAUUACUAUAAUGCACGGACACGUGAGUCAGCAUGGACCAAACCUGAUGGAGUGAAAGUUAUUCAGCAGUCUGAACUGACACCAAUUCUUGCUGCUCAGGCCCAGGCUCAAGCCCAGGCUCAAGCCCAAGCCCAAGCCCAAGCCCAAGCUCAAGCUGUAGGUGGUUCCACACCUACUACUAGUAGUCCUGCAUCAGUAUCUCCAUCUCCAUCAUCAAAUAGUCAGUCAUCUACAACGUCUACUAGUACCACAACGACGUCUGUUUCACAAACAGUUUCCACACCUACAACACAAGACCAGACCCCCAGCUCAGCUGUUUCAGUUGCUACACCUUCAGUCAGUGUUUCAACCUCUGCUCCUUCUGCUACAUCUGUGCAGACUGUACCCCAGCCAGUCCCACAGACUUUGCCUCCUGCAGUACCUCAUGCAGUACCUCAGCCGACAGCAGCAAUUCCUGCUUUCCCACCAGUAAUGGUACCUCCAUUUCGUGUUCCUCUUCCUGGCAUGCCUAUUCCACUUCCAGGUGUAGCAAUGAUGCAAAUAGUCAGCUGCCCGUAUGUAAAGACAGUCGCUACCACCAAGACCGGUGUCUUGCCAGGAAUGGCUCCUCCUAUUGUACCUAUGAUCCAUCCUCAGGUUGCUAUUGCCGCUUCACCUGCUACAUUGGCUGGAGCAACAGCAGUCUCUGAAUGGACAGAGUACAAAACAGCAGAUGGGAAGACUUACUACUAUAAUAAUAGGACACUGGAAUCAACAUGGGAGAAGCCUCAAGAACUGAAGGAGAAAGAAAAAGUAGAAGAGAAGAUGAAAGAAAGCAUUAAGGAGCCUGCCGAAGACCCUUUGCCUAUGGAGACCGAAGAGGAGGAACCCAAAAUUGAACCUAUCAAGGAACUUAUAAAAGAGGAACCAAAAGAAGAAGAAAUGACAGAAGAAGAAAAAGCAGCUCAGAAAGCAAAACCUGUCGCUACUACCCCUAUUCCUGGUACUCCAUGGUGUGUGGUGUGGACAGGUGAUGAGAGGGUUUUCUUUUACAACCCUACCACACGUCUGUCUAUGUGGGAUAGACCAGAUGACUUAAUUGGAAGAGCAGAUGUGGAUAAAAUUAUUCAGGAGCCUCCACACAAAAAAGGAAUAGAUGAAGUGAAAAAACAAAGGAUGCUAAUAGAGGCCUCUCUUACAGUAAAAGAAGAGCAUGAAAUGCUAGAUGAAACAAAUGAUGAUGAACCUAUUAAAGCAAAGAAGCGGAAGAAGGAGGAAAACAAAGACAUUGAUUCAGAGAAGGAGGCUGCCAUGGAAGCUGAAAUUAAAGCUGCUCGAGAGAGAGCAAUUGUCCCGCUGGAAGCGCGAAUGAAACAGUUCAAGGACAUGCUACUUGAAAGAGGGGUUUCUGCAUUUUCUACUUGGGAGAAGGAGCUACACAAGAUAGUUUUUGAUCCCCGCUACCUGCUUCUUAACCCUAAAGAAAGAAAACAGGUAUUUGAUCAGUAUGUGAAAACCAGGGCAGAAGAAGAGCGCAAAGAGAAGAAAAAUAAAAUAAUGCAGGCUAAGGAAGAUUUCAAGAAAAUGAUGGAAGAAGCGAAGAUUAAUCCCAGAACUACUUUUAGUGAAUUUGCAGCCAAGCAUGCUAAAGACUCACGAUUCAAAGCAAUUGAAAAAAUGAAAGACCGGGAAGCCUUGUUUAAUGAGUUUAUCACAGCAGCAAGAAAGAAGGAAAAAGAAGAUUCGAAGACCAGAGGAGAGAAGAUCAAAAUGGACUUCUUUGAACUGUUAUCUAAUCACCACUUGGACAGUCAGUCUCGCUGGAGCAAAGUGAAGGACAAAGUAGAGACUGACCCUCGUUACAAAGCUGUGGAUAGCUCUUCACAAAGGGAGGAUCUUUUUAAGCAGUACAUUGAAAAAAUAGCCAAAAAUGUGGACUCUGAAAAAGAAAAAGAACUGGAAAGACAGGCUCGCAUUGAAGCAAGCUUGCGUGAACGAGAGAGAGAAGUUCAGAAAGCUCGCUCUGAACAGACAAAGGAGAUUGAUAGAGAACGAGAGCAGCACAAACGAGAAGAGGCCAUCCAGAAUUUCAAAGCUCUCCUAUCUGAUAUGGUGCGAUCUUCAGAUGUGUCAUGGUCCGAUACUAGGAGGACACUUCGGAAAGAUCAUCGGUGGGAAUCUGGCUCCCUUCUGGAAAGAGAAGAGAAGGAAAAACUAUUUAACGAACACAUUGAGGCACUUACAAAGAAAAAGAAAGAGCAUUUUCGUCAACUUCUAGAUGAAACUUCAUCAAUUACCUUAACGUCAACAUGGAAAGAAGUAAAGAAAAUAAUUAAAGAAGAUCCCAGGUGUAUUAAAUUCUCCUCCAGUGACAGGAAAAAGCAAAGAGAGUUUGAAGAGUACAUCAGAGACAAAUAUAUUACAGCCAAAGCGGAUUUCAGAACACUUUUGAAAGAGACCAAAUUUAUAACAUACAGAUCCAAAAAGCUGAUCCAGGAAUCUGACCAGCACCUGAAGGAUAUCGAAAAGAUAUUACAGAAUGACAAACGUUAUCUGGUACUUGACUGUGUGCCGGAGGAGAGACGCAAACUCAUUGUGUCCUAUGUAGAUGACUUAGAUCGCAGAGGUCCCCCGCCUCCUCCCACAGCUUCAGAGCCUACAAGACGAACAACAAAAUAAUUGUGACAUAACUCUUGAACAAGAAUAUCUGUUAAGUCAAGAAGAUUGCAUGAGCCAUCUGUCAGGUUUAAUCGUAUACAUUACCAUGAACCUAUUGCAAAAACCAUCCAAGGAGCAGAGAGAAAAGCAACAUUUGUGAACAUAAAGCAGUCUCUAUGCAGAGAGAACAUUUGCAUUAUCGAUGCUUUUUCUCUUUGUCGCAUGACUGACAAAUAUUCUAACCAUGCAGCUAUUUCCAGUGAUUUUUAGGUCCUAGAACAAUGCGAUAUCUGUGUACAAGGUGUGAAUGUUGGUAGCAUUUUGAAGCGUUCUUGGCAGCGUUACAUGUGAAAGCCUUGGGAUGAUUGAUAUUUGUGGUUUGAAGUUAAGAACGGCAAAAAAUACUGCAGAUAUCCUAAUGGGAGAGCCAAGGUCAGGCAUUCUUAUGAUUAAACUAUUGACUGCUGAAGACCGCAGUAAGAUUAUGCCCCUUCAUGAACCUGAAAAUAUAGGGCCUAAUUCUCUACUCAUGCGUGGCCUUUCCUGUAUAUAAAUCAGGACUAACCCCAUUAACGUCAGAUCCAGCAUGAGAGGAGAAUGAGCCUUGCAGUGACCAAAUUGAAUAAACACCAUUUGAUCUUGUUCACAGGCCUGCUUUGAUUCCCCCCUCUCCUUGUCCUCCCCAGUAGGCACAAUCAAGUUGCUUUGCCCAGUAGUCGGUAAUGUUUUUGCUGUAAAUUGGAAAUGCACAGGAAAAAGUGUGUUCCCCAGGAUAGCACGGUUGUACAAAUACACUUUUAUUUACCAUAAAGUGAUCUCUACCAACUUCUGGAUUAGAAUAUGAAGUUCCCUUCUGGGUAUUUCUUGUAAACUAUAUUCCUGUUUUGAAUGUUAAACUUGUGUUUCUAAAGUUUAAUUUUGAAAUGUUGGGAUUGUUCAGUUUACGUAUUUGAACGACAAUAAACCAACCCUUUUUAUAUAUGGA